GGUCUAAGCCUUCGCGCGGUUGAGAAAUCGAAUUUGUGAUUUCUAUCCCGCAUAAAGAAAGCCGUUCCCCACCGGCGCAAAUUGUGCGCAAGAGCUGCCUUGCUCUAUCCAAGGCAUUCAGCCUUGUUAGGAGACUGAAAUUGGUUUUUGUCCGCCUUGCUCAAUCUAUGCGUCGGAAGUUGAUAUGUUUGCUUAAGUAGAGGUGUUUGCCAAGUUUAACCUAAUUGGUAGCUGGCUGUUCGCAGAAUUGUUUGUUAGUUUACCUUCCGUGUUUGUGACCUCUGCAUUGACAACAUGGGUGAUGCCAAUUUGAAGACGUGGGUAUCGGAUAGGCUUAUAUCAAUGUUGGGAUACUCACAAGGCGCAGUCAUUCAGUACAUAAUUGCAUUCAGCAUUUUUUGUUUGUUGCAGCUAAGGAAGCAAAAUCACCAGAUGAGUUAUUUGGCAAACUAGUGGAGUUGGAUUUACCAUCUUCAGCAGAAACGCGCACGUUUGCUGAAGAAAUCUUUGCUAGAGUUCCACGAAAAGCUUCUGGUUUAAAUGUUUACCAAAAACAAGAACGGGAAGCUGCAAUAUUGGCCAAGAAGCAGCAGAUGUAUACGCUUUUGGAUGCUGAUGAUGAGGACGAUGAUCGCAGUGCUAGUAAUGUUACUGCCACAACAAGUAAACUGACUAUGGAGACCAGAAGGGCAGAUAAGAAGCGCUUUAGGAAAAAGAGUGAUAAUAAUGACGAUGAAGAGACCGAGGUGGUCAAACAUGUGGAAGAAGGGAGGCGAGUGAAGAGACGGAUUUCUGAUGAUGAAGAUGAUGGUUCAGAGUCAGAUGAAGAAAUAUUGCGGGAUCAAAUGGAACGUGAGCAAUUGGAGCGAAAUUUAAGAGAACGUGAUGCUGCAGCAACCAGAAAGUUGGCAGAGCCAAAGUUAACAAAAAAGGAGGAAGGUGAGAUGAUUCGCAGAGCGAAUGCAUUGGAGAAUGAUGGCAUUGAUACUUUAAGAAAGGUGUCCAGACAGGAGUAUCUAAAGAAAAGGGAGCAGAAAAAAGUGGAAGAACUUCGGGAUGAGGUAUUAGAUAAUCUAUAUAUGUUUGAUGGUGUGAAGCUCACUGAAACAGAAUAUCAAGAUCAAAGAAACAAGGUGGAACUUGUCAAGCUUUUAGAGAAGUCAGUACAGCCUGAUGACAUAAAUGAGUACAGGAUGCCAGAAGCAUACGAUCAGGAAGGUGGCGUUAAUCAAGAUAAGAGAUUUGCUGUUGCUAUCCAGCGAUACAGGGAUGAUGGUGCUGCAGAGAAAAUGAACCCUCAUGGAGAACAAGAUGCUUGGGAAGAUCAUCAAAUCGGAAAAGCAAAACUGAGUUUUGGUUCGAAAAAUAAAAAGCAGGCAUCUGAUGAUUAUCAGUUUGUGUUUGAGGACCAGAUUGAUUUUAUCAAGGCUUCAGUAAUGGAUGGUGACAAAUUUGAUAAUGAUCUCUCGCCGGAUGCACUUGAGGAAUUGGAGGCUAAAACAGGUUUGGAGAAGCUCCAGGAGGAUAGGAAAACCUUACCCAUAUAUCCAUAUCGAGAACAACUACUCCAAGCCGUCAAAGAUUAUCAGGUUCUUGUUAUAGUAGGAGAGACUGGUUCAGGGAAGACCACACAGAUACCCCAGUAUCUGCAUGAAGCCGGAUAUACCAAGCUUGGAAAGGUAGUUGGUUGCACGCAACCAAGGCGAGUUGCAGCUAUGAGUGUGGCUGCUAGGGUUUCUCAAGAGAUGGGUGUCAAACUUGGACACGAGGUGGGAUACUCCAUCCGUUUUGAGGAUAAUACAUCAGAAAAGACUAUUAUUAAGUAUAUGACAGAUGGGAUGCUACUGAGAGAAUUCCUCGGCGAACCCGAUCUGGCUAGCUAUAGCGUGAUCAUGGUGGAUGAAGCACAUGAAAGAACUUUGUCGACUGACAUACUCUUUGGACUGGUGAAGGAUAUAUCACGUUUUCGACCAGAUUUAAAGCUACUGAUCUCAAGCGCAACACUGGACGCUGAGAAAUUUAGUGAUUACUUUGACUCAGCUCCGAUUUUCAAGAUUCCUGGUAGGAGGUACCCUGUCGAGAUACACUACACAAGAGCGCCUGAAGCUGACUAUCUGGAUGCUGCAAUAGUAACAGUGCUUCAGAUCCAUGUGACACAGUCACCUGGAGAUAUAUUAGUCUUCUUUACUGGUCAGGAGGAAAUUGAGACAGCUGAGGAAACUUUGAAACACAGGACAAAAGGUUUAGGGACUAAAAUUGCUGAGCUUAUUAUUUGUCCUAUCUAUGCAAACUUACCGACAGAGCUUCAGGCCAAAAUAUUCGAGCCCACUCCUGAAGGGGCACGGAAGGUUGUCCUUGCUACAAACAUUGCUGAAACAUCUCUAACUAUUGAUGGCAUCAAGUAUGUUAUUGAUCCUGGGUUUUGUAAGAUGAAAUCAUACAACCCUAGAACUGGAAUGGAGUCUUUGCUUGUGACUCCCGUAUCAAAGGCCUCAGCUAUGCAACGUGCAGGUCGUUCUGGCCGAACAGGUCCCGGGAUGUGCUUUCGGUUGUACACAGCUUACAAUUAUCACCAUGACUUGGAUGAUAACACAGUACCUGAGAUACAAAGGACUAAUCUGGCAAGUGUUGUGCUAUCUUUGAAGAGUCUUGGCAUUCAUGAUUUAUUGAAUUUUGAUUUCAUGGAUCCACCACCAUCUGAGGCAUUAUUAAAAGCUCUAGAGUUACUCUUUGCUCUAAAUGCCCUGAAUAAGCAUGGUGAACUGACAAAGGUCGGUAGAAGGAUGGCUGAGUUUCCACUUGAUCCUAUGCAAGCCAAAAUGAUAGUUGCUUCUGACAAGUACAAAUGUUCAGAUGAGAUCAUUUCUAUUGCUGCUAUGUUGUCAAUUGGAAACUCUAUCUUUUAUCGUCCCAAGGACAAACAAGUGCACGCUGACAAUGCGAGAAUGAAUUUUCACACGGGAAAUGUAGGAGACCAUAUGGCUCUACUCAAGGUUGGUCGUAUGGGAGCACUCUGGUUGUAUAUUCCUUAUCGUGGGCUCUCGGUUUUUGUUGCAGUAAGGAGCAUGAAAAGAGCAAGGGACAUUAGGGACCAGUUGGAGGGCCUUCUGGAGAGGGUUGAAAUUGAGCUCUCUUCCAGUCCCAAUGAGUUGGAUGCAGUGAAGAAGUCAAUAACAUCUGGUUUCUUUCCUCAUUCUGCACGGCUGCAAAAGAAUGGUUCUUAUCGAACUGUGAAACAUCCCCAGACUGUUCAUAUACACCCUAGCUCAGGGUUGGCUCAGGUUCUGCCAAGAUGGGUUGUAUAUCAUGAGUUGGUGCUUACAACCAAAGAGUACAUGAGGCAGGUGACAGAACUGAAGCCAGAUUGGCUGGUAGAAAUAGCGCCACACUAUUAUCAGCUGAAGGAUGUCGAAGAUCCGGCAUCAAAGAAAAUGCCUAAAGGAGUGGGUCGAACGUCCGAGUUAGUCCAGCUUUAGUGAAAGGGAGAGUUGAUCCAGAAGUCGCCUCAGGAUAAAGAGAAGAUGAGCUAACAGUUAGGCAGAGGAGACCCUUUACUGCUCAGCCCAUGCAGACGUAAAAUCACAAGCGAAUAGCCCGACAGAAGAUUUUGUAUACUCGUCAGUAUUGUAGUAGAAUUAUUAUGGUCUAUGCCAAUAGGAAUUCUUCAUUGCUCUGUCAAAACUCGAUAGAAAUCGGGUAACAUGAGUGCAAAUCAUCACUAUCUCAAACUCAAUUACAUGACAGGAAAAAAGCACAAUUCCAAGCAAACGUGAUAAACCUUAACAUUGGAUCUAGUUCAGUGCUAAUAAAUGGUUAUCUUGUUAACGGUGUAGC